UGAACAUCUCGCGAUGUUGCCUAAGUGACGAUGGUUGGAAAAAAGAGUUGGAGGGGGCGGGGUGCAGCAGAGAUGUUCUGAGGCUUUUUUUUUUUAUAUAUAAUUAUUUAUUUAAAUAAAAAUGGCUGCCGUGGAGAGCGAGGAGGAGACAAUAAAGGAGGAACCAGAGGGCCAGGAGGAGAGAGUACGACCACACAGUAAGACUAAGAAGGUGCGCAAGGAACGGCGCCAUGUUGAACAGGUGGCAGUCUCUCAUGAGCCGUUGCCCCUGUCAGGGGGGGAGUCAAAGACCUCGCCAUCAGACCCGGUGGCGGGGCCCUCGCAAGCGGCAUCUGGUAGCGAGUCUGCGGGUUCUCCCAGGCAACGGCGCUCUAUCAUCCGAGAUCGCGGACCGCUAUACAGCGACCCCUCACUGCCUGUAGGCUGGACCCGCAAGCUUAAGCAGAGGAAGUCUGGACGCUCGGCAGGAAAGUUUGACGUCUACCUUAUCAACUCGGAGGGAAAGGCCUUCCGGUCCAAGGUGGAGCUCAUCGCUUACUUCCAGAAGGUCGGUGACACCACGACUGAUCCCAACGAUUUUGACUUCACUGUGACUGGACGUGGAAGCCCCUCUCGGCGUGAGAAAAAACCUCCGAAGACACCAAAAGUGGUCAAACCAUCUGGGAGAGGCCGUGGACGGCCCAAAGGCAGUGGGAAGAUACGUCAGGCUACGGAAGGUGUGGCCAUGAAGCGUGUGGUGGAGAAAUGUCCUGGAAAACUGUUGGUCAAAAUGCCAUACAACAAGGCGGAGUCCGGCAGUGAGACCACACCCACCACUUCAAAGGUGUCAUGUCCUGCCCUGCCGUCAGUCAAGUCUCGUCCAGGCAGAAAAAGGAAAUCAGAACAGGAUCUUCCUGCUCCCCUUCAGACCACACCAAAAAAACGUGGCAGGAAACCAGCCUCCACUUCAGCAGCAGUGACAGCUCCCAUGGCAUCUUCCUUGUCAGCAUCAACCUCCGGUAUGUCAACUGCAGGGGGCUAUGCCGCUGCCGCCAUUAUGGCUGCUGAGGCCAAGCGCAGAGCUACCAAGGAGUCUUCCAGCAAACCUGUCGUCCAGGAAACAGCCUUGCCAAUCAAAAAACGCAAAACGAGAGAGACAAUUGAGGAGAGGGAGAAAGUUCAGACUCCAGGCUCGAGUACCACACAACCUGGUAGGAUGGCACACUCCGAAGGCGAGGCCGGUUCGAAGGAACCAACACAAACCUCCCAGGUUCACCUUGCCUCUUUGGAGGAGAGCCAAUCCCACUCCCAUAGCCAGCCUUCUGCUUCCCAAGAAAGUCACUCACAUGGACAUAAAACACACAAAGGGAGGAAGCACAAGGAGAAGCGUGGGACAGCAGAAAGUCAAGAGGAGGAACUAAGCAAAGACCUUGAUGAAAAGGGUGGAAAAGGACCAAGGAGUAGCAGCAGUAGCAAAAGCCACAAAAGGAAGGAGCGCUCCCCACACAAACAUCACCAUCAUCAUCACCAUCACCGUCACCAUCAUUGCCACCAACAGAGUUCCCAUUUGGAUCAUCCUCAUCCAAUAUCUGGACCCUCAAACCAGUCCCGACCCAAACCUCAGCUACACACUGACUCCCAGUCCACUGCCCCCAAACCACCUGCCUUGUCACAACCCUCGCCUCAACCCUGCCCCCUCCAGUCCUCGUAUCCUGGUCAGAGUCAUGUCCCGCUUCAAGUUCCAAUUAUUCAGUCCUCCCCCAUCAGGCAUUCCCCUCCUCAGCCACUCCCCAAAACACCAACGUUAGCGCAACACCAAACUCAGCUGGCAGUUCAGCAUGUUCCAUCACUCUCGCAGGUCCAGCCCCCGCAGACGAGGAAUCUUCAUCCACAAGCUCAGUCCCCUGUAACACUUCAACCUCAGACACAAUCCAGACCCUUCUUUGAGAAUCAACUACGUCCUCAACUUCAAAUGCAGACCAGGACCCACCACGCAGCUGAGCUGCAAGUACAGACCAGAACCGGGGCCCAACCCCAUCUACAACACCACUCCAAGAGCCCUGCACAAACAGAAUUCUCGGACAGCCCGCCCACACAAACUCAGCCCCCAACACUGAUAAACCCUCCUUUGCAACAUCAUCUUCACAUUCAAAGUAGACCACAAAUCAGACCCUCGCUCUCCCAGACCAGGCCCCCACAGUCUCGAAUGCCGCUACAUCUUCCGCAGAUUCAACCACAGCUGCCCAGGCCGCAGCUGCAACAACUCCCGCUCCAACAACCGUCUCUGCAUAUGGCCAUAAGUCACAACCUGGUUUAUGCACAGCAGAGUGAGCAGCCGCAAGACUUGAGCACCACAUCCCCAACUCGCAGCCUGGAGGGUGGGCCAAGAACCGAAAUACGAGCUGAAGCCGGACUCGUCUCACAAAGCAGAGAGACAACUGGUUCGAACAGCACUCCUCCCAGUGCUCCCGGGCCUCCUAGCUCAAUGCGCUCCGAUCCUGACGGAAGAGCAGGGACGGACGAUGGUGUCGGUCUUUUGUCUGGGACAGAAAGCAGGGCUCGGUUACAGGUGGGUUCGGAGGGGGCAGGUGAGGGCAGGGAGCUCAGAGACAUGGUCCCCCCAUCUGCUGUUCCCUGUCCCAGCCGAGAGGAAACAGUUGAGACUCGGACUGCUGUUAGCGAAAGAGUCAGCUGAUCAGUGGGCGCUAUAGGAAAGUGGAUUGUGCCCUUGGGGACAGAGGUGGUACCAGUGAGGGCUCUUCCUCCAUCUUUGUGCACUGCUGUUCCACGGAACAACCCUUUCAUUUUUUGACAAUGAAAUGAGCGUUAAGAUAGCACUGACGAUGACUGAGUAGAAGGAUGGAUGGUGUCAUUUUUUAGGAGAACAAAAAGGAAAAUAUAGAUUUAAAGUGUGUGUGUGUGUGUGUGUGUGUGUGUGUGUGUGUGUGUGUGUGUGUGUGUGUGCGCGUGCGCGUGGCUGCUUGUGCGUGGGUGUUUGUACAUAAUCAAAAGGCAGCUGUGUCUUGCUCAUUUGGGUAGGUGAAGGGGGGGACAGUUUGGAACUGAAAACAAACGGCUAAGUACACAUUGCCACCAACAAAAUCUCGCUUCCAGAAUAUAACCUUUUUUUUUUCUAUUUUGAAAUUAGUUUCUUCUCUACAGCUUUAAAGUUCUCUGUAAUUGACUGACGCUCCGUUGAACGUGACCGUAUAUAUCGCUGACUGACACGCCUAAUUCAGUUGAAUGGCUUCUUCAAACACUCCCAAAUUCUUCCAGUGCCCCCAUACGUCUAGCCAAUAGUUCUACAUUUGAUCCAAACACUUAUUUCCAACACAGCGCUGACAAGUCCUGGAAUCUUCCGGAGUGACAUUCAAACUGACUCCCAUAUUUGAUCUCCAUGAGUCGUUCUUCCAUCUUGGUUGUUUUUCAAGAGGAACCAUGUGUUUUGUCAACGUAAACCUACUGAAAGCACAUCUUCUUCACCUUACUUCUGACCACUGUUAGACUCCUCUUUGUCUUGAUUUCUGCGGAACAGCCACUGGAAGACUUGCGAGUAGCGGUCCAUCUUAUAGUUUUGCCAAAUAAGACAAACUCCUGUUGUGGGGAGGCAGCAACACCAAACUACAUUCAACACCAACUACAAUCUCACCAUUCUGAAAGCAUUUGAACGUUUGAAGCGGGACAUCUACUGAUUCUUUAACACACACACAUUGCCGGGUUGGCUUGUAUUUGUGGAGGACAUCAAGCCAAAACGUAGCAGGACUCAGAUGGUAAAAGUGGUCACAGUUUUUUCUGUAAUGUUUUGUCUUCAUAGCGUCUUGUGAGGAUGAACUUGUGACUCCGCUAAUAGCUUUUCGUGUCUGUUUUUGCUGACAUUCUUGUACUUAUAUCCCAUCAGGAUAUACUGCAUUGGAUAUGUUAUUGGUGGCAUGGUGGUGGACUGGUUAGCAUGUCGGCCUCACAGUGCAGAGAUCGUGGGUUUUAAUCUGGUCUUGGGCCUUGCUGUGCGGAGCAUGUUCUCCUAUUGUCUGCGGGGGUUUUGUUUGGGUAGUCCGGUUCCCUCCCACAUUCUAAAAAACAUGCAAACAUACAAGUAUAAUUUUGAGUGUGAAUGGUUGUUUAUGUGUACUUUGCAAUUGUCUGGCAACCAGCUCAGGAUGUACCCCACCUCUCGCCCAAAAAUCAACUGGGAUAGGCUCCACCACACCUAUGACCUUUGUGAGGAUGAACCAGUUCGGAUAAUGGGUGCAUCGGUGUGUUGGCGUUGGCCACAGUACAUGAGAGUUUUAUUUACCAGUACAGGGCAGUACAGAAAGAGUGCCGUACUUGAAAAAAAACGGUUGCCGUUGUCUUCAGUUUUGAUAAAUUUGGAAGAGUUGUCCACCUCUGAAUUGGGAGAAAUUGAGAAGAUUAUGGACAUCUCUGAUAAUUGAUACAUUUGUGGAUACUAUUGCCACACAUGCAAUAGAUUGAUGUGAUAUGACGUUAGACACGUGAUGAAGCUUUCCACAAGUACAUUUUGGGAGGUGUCAAGAUUGGCCACAAGUACAUUUUGGGAGGUGUCAAAAUUGGCCGAUCCCAGAUUUUCCUCAAUUUUUUUCUGUAUGUGGUAGCACAAAUGGAAAGAAAUUGCUUCUUAAUCGCUCAUGAUGUCAAUCAAGCCAAACAAACACAUUCUCAACCUCUCAAUUGGAUCAGAUCCACUCAUGCAGUAUUUGAACAUUUUCAUUGUGUCAUUCUUAUCUCCUGACAGCUAGGAGUUGGCACCAUUUGAAAAGUCCACUACAGUGGGGAAUUUUCUUGCUGGAUUGUGGGUCACCCCGUGAUGACCCAAGCUCACCUCUGCGUUUGUGGCAUUUGGUUGCCGCAAGCCCCUUAGCUGGCCUUUGUCAGACCGUAUGGGACCACAGUAAGCAGCCGCCACAUUGCAUGUUCCGAAGUUCAGUGCCUAUAACCUUGCGCGUCUCGCCGGAAGUCACCAUGUCAGCCAGCAGCCAUGUUGUUCCUAGACUUAGUAGUGAUGUGUGGUGACCUCAUAGCUGAUGAAUAAUAAUACUCUGCUUUCAACUCAAUACACUGUCACUGUAGACUCACUAGUUUUUACCGGGUUAUUAGUUAUUUUUCUUAUUAAAAGCGUUUGUUGUCCCCCUACACUGUCAGUGUCUCAUUCCAAUUGAGAGGAUGGGUGAGCAUUUAGUCAGCGUGUGAAUCCAGUCAUUUCCCUUUGAGAAAAAGUUUUUCAGCAAACAAGUGCUUUCUAAUGGGAAAAAAUCCUCUACCUCACCCCCACAGCGAUCAUGCCUCAAACCCAAACAAACCAAAAUACUUAAAAAAAAAAAAAAGUCCUUGGCGGACUGACCAAGGGAUACCAUCCCCACUGGUUAAGUCUUGAGCGUGUUGUGAGGUAAUGAAGCAGUUUCCAAAAUCUGUGAAAGUCUAGUGCAAACACCUGGGAGGUACAAAAUGGACAACGUCUGUAUUAAUAAUUAACCUUAAGCUUUGUUGUGUACUUGGUAAAGAUAGCGUUAUAACUGUCAGGAGAGGUCUUCCUUCAUGUAACUCCAAAUAAUAUUUAGCAACAAGCAGGCUAAUGUGGGUCACUCACAUAAUGCUCGUUUACUAACAGUAUGCAUUUAAUGUUUAAAUUUACAGGUGAAUUAGGCAAAAUAAACAUUAUUCCAAAGGCAAAGUUUUGUCAAUGUAAAAAGCAUGUGCAAUCAAGUCUACUGACCUGACUGAUGUUUAUUGUGUGAAUUGUAAUUGUCAGUGAUAUUGUAGAGGAAAGACACAAAUUAACUCCAAAAUCUUGAGUAAUGUUGUGUAUUUUCUGAGAUCUGUCUUGGCGCCCACACCUCUCAGAAAAUAUACAACAGUAACAACAUCAACUUGUAGCCCGAAAGGCAGAACUCAACGGCCAGUAUCCAAGCCUGGCAAGCCGCACCAACAAAGAGAGUGGGUCUAGAGACCAAACCAUUCACCGCAGCUAGGCCUCGGUUCAAGUUAAACAGUCCAAUCAAAUGUGUUUGCUUGCUGUGACGUAUUCUUCACGAACACAGUCACGCUUUGGCAGCGAAAGUCCAUCCUCAUUCAAAAUGGUGCGCGGGAGAGACAAUUGUUCACAUCAUUCAACAUUAAAUGAGUUCUAACUAACCAGAAACACAGUCAUUAAAAUCCCAGCAGCUGACAGCACUGGAAGCAUUUGGGUUUUUUUUCAACAGAAAGGUCAUACUUUUUCCCCAACAUCACGUUCAAUCUUCACUGAUUGGUUCAUUCUGCAGUUUGCUCAAGUUUACCCGGCCUCAGAAAUGCGUUUGAUGAGACAAACCAACAGACUCAAUCGCCGGUACAUGCUAAGCCUGAAUUUCCAUGGUAUCAGCAUAAGAAAAAUAUGUUACCCAAAGUUUCAUAACUUCAAUACUGGGGUUAUCUGAUUGGGUAUAUGUGUUCCUGCUUGGUAUUAAAACCGAGUAAAACAUGAGUCAGACAGAAUAUUUGCACCUUCAAAAUCAUCACUUUUCAGCAAACCCAAAAAACGGUUAUGUUUAUUCAACCAGAGGUGAGUAUUUUGUCCCAGUGAGGGAAAUGGGCCGACCGAUGGAUGCCGGUUUUGUGAUCCAAGGACAAGGAACAAGAAAGUUAAUGUCAAAGAUCCUUAUUAACUGGGUUGGCAGUGAAUGAUUGAAAAAAUUGACUGAGGAUGAAGUGGUUCUUCAUAUGUCCGUGUAAUUGCCCUCAUCCAGUACCGACAAGCGUAUCUGCGGGCAACAACUGCAUUGCAUCACGUGACUUAUGCAAUGUGUUGUGCACCAUCUUUACGACUGGUCUGCAACACAUGAUGGGCACACGGCAAAAGUUUUUGGUGCGUGUACAAUGUCGCGCGCAUCAUCUCCCUGCUCCGUUCCACAAGGCUUUAAUCGGCAUGUAUUUGUCAUGGAAUAGAGAAUGCGUACCACGCUGCUGCUGCAAAGUUAGCUAGCUUGAAUGUAGCGGUGUGGUAAGUACAUGUGCCUUGAUUGAUUGUGCAAUACAAUUAAAUGCAUCAUUUAUUCAUCUGGGUCUCUUUGUUCUCACAGGCAUGACUUCUAUUAUUGCCGGUUUGUGACUUGCUCUAAAAGUAGUGAACUGCAAUGGAAUUGGCCAAAAAAUGCAGAGGAAACAACCUUAUUGUGUCCUAGCCUAUACCAGCUGUAGCAAGUGAAAUGAACAGAUUUUCAAAAGAACGCGCAAGUUUUGCAUCAGUGUGAAGGCGAGCCCACAAACACACACACACACACACCUUUCUCAUACUCACAAACUGACUCACACGCACACACAUACCAGUGAUGGUUUGUCGGGGUCUGCAAGGCCUUCUCUGCUGGCCUAAAAAUAUCUGAAUAACAGACUGAUGUUAAUUGUAUUUUGUCCAUGAAUACGUAUUAAUUUAAUACGUAUUCAUGGACAAAAUGUAUUUAAUAAGUAUUAAAUAAGGGCGCUCGGUGGCACACUGGUUAGCCUGUCCACCUCAGUUAGGAGGGUGCCGAUUCGAUUCCACCUCCGACCCUCCCUGUGUGGAGUUUACAUGUUCUCCCCGUGCCCGCGUGGGUUUUCUCAAGGCACUCCGCUUUCCUCCCACACCCUAAAACAGUGCUUCUCAAUUAUUUUCUGUUACGCCCCCCCUUAGCAAGAAGAAAACUAUUCGCGCCCCCCCCUCCCCACCGUGACUAUCCUAACUUGUCUUGUAAGUCGUAAAAUGUUGCACUGUCUCAAACGUCACAGAAGUAACAAUGAGAGCGCCACUGCCCCCUGCUGGGAAGAUGCGCAAUUACACUUUAUUCUAGUACUGCAAAAAAAAGUACCUGCCCCCCCAGGUAUAGCACGGCGCCCCCCAAGGGGGGCGCGCCCCACUAUUUGAGAAGCACUGCCCUAAAACAUCUUUUGGUAGGCCAAUUGAGCACUCCAAAUUGUCCCCAAGUGUGAGUGCGAAUGGUUGUUCGUCUCUGUGUGCCCUGCAAUCGGCUGGCAACCGGUUCAGGGUGUCCCCUGUCUACUGCCCGAUGCCUGCUGGAGAUAGGCUCCAGCACGCCCGCAACACCUGUGGGGACAAGCGGUAUGGAAAAUGGAUGGAUGGAAGUAUUAAAUUAUUCCAAAUGGUCUGUCCACUUCCUUUCAUUGCGAGCCCCCUGGUUGCGCUGCUUCCAGAUGUGUAUUUUCAUAUUUAUGUCACGAUUACGGGAUGGAUAUGGAGCAGGGCGACCAAGUGCAGCUUGGACCAGGGUUUAUUGAAGCAAACUCAAACGAACAGACUCGGUACACUGACAUAACUGACUAACAAAACCAACAACAGGAACCGAACAGAGACGUGAGACAAAAAGGCAGGAACCAAACAAACCUCAUGACAGAAAACUUCAUCAAUGCUCCGACGGGGAGUGACACAGAGACAGGACUUAAUAUACAAGACAGGUAACAAGAGGCAGAUGAGAAUGAUCGCACUGAUCAUGGGCACACAGGAGGGGUGGGGCGAGCACACAGACACACUGACAAACUAUGGACAUGAUCACACAGGAGGGGAGGGGCGAGCACACAGACAUGAUUGGGGAUGUGUCGUGACAGAACAAGGGACGGCUUCCGACGUCCCAAAAACCCAACCGGGGGGGGAUGAAACACACCAGUCCAGACGACCCUACUGGUUUUCAAAAUAGUUUAAACCGCGCACAGCGGCGACUGGGGAAACAACCGCACUCGGCGGGGACUGGGGAAACAACCGCACUCGGCGGGGACUGGGGAAACAACCGCACUCAGCGGCGACUUGGGGCACAGAACCGCACUCGGGCGGCGACUUGGGGCACAGAACCGCACUCGGGCGGCGACUUGGGGCACAGAACCGCACUCGGGCGGCGACUUGGGGCACAGAACCGCACUCGGGCGGCGACUUGGGGCACAGAACCGCACUCGGGCGGCGACUUGGGGCACAGAACCGCACUCGGGCGGCGACUUGGGGCACAGAACCGCACUCGGGCGGCGACUUGGGGCACAGAACCGCACUCAGGCGGCGACUUGGGGCACAGAACCGCACUCGGGCAGCGACUUGGGGCACAGAACCGCACUCGGGCGGCGACUUGGGGCACAGAACCGCACUCGGGCGGCGACUUGGGGCACAGAACUGCACUCGGGUGGCGACUUGGGGCACAGAACCGCACUCGGGCGGCGACUUGGGAGACAGAACUGCACUCUGCGGCGUCCAGGGGCCCAGGGCCACACUCGCGGCACACACUGGGGACCUGAACCGCAAUCAUCAGCAACUUGGGGGACAGAACUGCACGCAGCGGCGGUCAGGGGCCCAGGGCCACAAUCGCGGCACACACUGGGGGCCUGACGCGCAAUCGGCAGCAACUUGGGGAACAGAACCGCACUCGGACGGCAACUUGGGGAACAGAACCGCACUCGGGCGGCAACUUACACAAAACCGUACUCGGGCGGCCACUGACACAAAACCGCACUCGGGCGGCUACUCACACAAAACCGCACUCGGGCGGCUACUCACACAAAACCGCACUCGGGCGGCUACUCACACAAAACCGCACUCGGGCGGCUAAAAAAAGUCCUCGCCGCAAUCAGCGGCACUUGAAAGUCCGGACCGCGAUCAGCGGCAUUCGUACGCCAGAGCUGCACGCAGCAGCAGGAGUCAGUGUUUCAGCAGUGGGAUCAGGGUCUGUGACGAUCGCGGGUCCGGCAUUGUUGGCACAAGGCCCAGCAAUGCCGCGAGUCCGGUGACGCUGGGGUGGAGCCCGUUGGCGGCCGCGAGUCUGAUGGCGCCAGGAGGCACUCCGAUGGCGGCCGUGGGUCCGGUGUCGCGGGAGCGAGGUCCCAGUGACGGCCGUGGAGCCGGCGUCGCUGGAGCGAAGUCCGAUGGCGACAGCGGAGCCGAUCGCGCUGGAACAUGCUCGGACCACGGACGUGGCUCGGGCGUCGCAGACGGACGGGACCUGGUGGUGGAGGAAGGUCCAAGCGCUGGUCGCUGCAGUGGUCGGAGCAUUUUGUCACGAUUACGGGGUGGAUAUGGAGCAGGGCGACCAAGUGCAGCUUGGACCAAGGUUUACUGAAGCAAACUCAAACUAACAGACUCGGUACACUGACAUAACUGACUAACAAAACUAACAACAGGAACCGAACAGAGACGUGAGACAAAAAGACAAGAACCAAACAAACCUCAUGACAGAAAACUUCAUCAAUGCGCCGACAGGGAGUGACACACAGACAGGACUUAAUAUACAAGACACGUAACAAGAGGCAGGUGAGAAUGAUCGCACUGAUCAUGGGCACACAGGAGGGGUGGGGCGAGCACACAGACACACUGACAAACUAUGGACAUGAUCACACAGGAGGGGAGGGGCGAGCACACAGACAUGAUCGGGGAUGAGUCGUGACAAUUUAAGCAUUUAACCAAUUACAUUUCAGCCACUCUUUGUUGCCAGGGUCAAAGAAAUCUGCCUGGAGGCCUGCACAAUCAGUCCUGUGGGCCCUGUGGCAUAAAAUAAAUGUCGAUCAGACUUGCUUCAACCAAUCAGAUUUUGAGUUGGCGACACCAAGGCCUUCUAGCAAAUUUACGGAAACGUCAGCAUAUUCACACGCUUUGAUAGUAUAGUCAAAGUGUACUAGCCAGAGCGAGCAUCUGUAGCGAGCUGCACAAACAAAGAUAUUGUUGUGCUGAUUUAAUAGCUGUUUUGUCAACCUACAAUAGCAAAAGGAGGAGAAGAAAUGGAUUUGGUUGCAGAUUUACUGUCAAAGCCAUUAUCAAGACGGACCUUUCAAGAAAAGCAUGCUUCUGUUGAACGGGCAUUCUCAGCCCUAAAGCAAAUUAAAACAUGCCAGAAAUACGACAGGGCAGGCUCCACUUUCAGCAUUAGCUUCAAUGGUGAUAGAAAAGGACUUCUUGACGGAACUGAAACGCACGGAUAAUCUGCACAACAGAGUCAUUGAAAUCUUCUUGAGGAAAGAAAGGAGGAUGGAUUUUGUUUACAAAUAAUCAGGAUUUUGGGUGAGUAAAAUGUUGCUAUAUUCCUCAAUAAUAUUGCAAUUUUACCAAGUUAUUUUUAUGCUUUUUAUAUGCGGCGGAGCUGUACCUGCAGUAUAGGUUUUAUCGCCAUAUAAUAGUUAUUGAGGGUUGGAUUGAUUCAGGCGGAGCGCUAAUGAAGGCCUAGGCAUGAAAUGCACGGCCCGCCACUGGUACACAUUAAUAUCUCAACAAGAGAUUGGAUUCCGUGUCAUUUCUUGUCAAGUAAUCACACUGUGAAGACCUCGAUAGCUAAUGCAAAAAACUUUACCAUCUUUGAAAUUAGCGCUUUAGGGCACGAGAGACAUGGGCCUGCGGCCACAUUUUCUAAUGUCACGUGGGGGGUGGCUCGUGAAGAUUAAGAGUCGGGUUGUUCCAAGCAUUCUUGUUCAGCUAUUACUCGUGACUCCACGCCAGAUUCGGGUCAAAAGUGUGAAAUUCGAAAAAAAAAGGUUUUAACCUGGGGGAAAAAAAGAUUAGAAUCUGAAAAAACAAGAGGGUAACCUGAAAAAAAAGAGCUGUGAAUCUGAGAAUAUAAAACAUGUAACUAAAGAAAAAAAACUCAAAACCUGAAAAAUAAAUGGUGAAACCUGAAAAUAGUAAACUCUUUUUGCAAGUAUGGGUUUUGUUUUUCAAGUAUAACUUGCAGUUGUGGUUCUAAGGGGUACAUUAAGCAGGCUCUGGUCAAGUGGUCAAAGCCAUUGCCUCCGAUAAGAUGGAACCAUGGGUCGAGGCAGACCUUCCCCACGGGCUGCUCUUUGCCAUCUUUCCGAAGGAACCCGGACGUUAGCAGAUCUGCCGCCCUGUGCUACACCAAAACGUGGCUUGACGAAAACGUGGCUCGACGAAAACAUGGCGUCGAGAUUCCUGGGUUUCGGCUACUACGAGCAGAUCGCAGCACGGAGCUCAUGGAAAAAACAAAGGGAGGUGGUGUAUAUUUUACAUUAAUGAGGGUUGGUGUAUUGAUGUCACAAUGUUGAAAGAGUCUUGCAGCACUCUCCUAGAGACACUUUUCAUAAACUCCUGGCUGUUUUAUUCACCAUGGGAGUUUUUGAUCAUAAUAGCGUCUGUUUACAUUCCACCACGUGCACUCGAAGCCAUGCAGCUGCUGGCUGACCAGAUAACAGACAUGGAGAAAAAACUACCAAACUCACAUCAUUGUUUUGGCUGAUUUUAACAGAACGAACCUCACACACGAGGUGUGUCCCACCAGAGGCACAAAUACACUGGACCACUGCUACUCCAUAAUAAAGGACGCAUAAAUGGAACGUGGAGUCAAAGCCGGACCUCCAAGCCUGCUUUGACUGCACCGAUUGGGGGGGUCUGAAGCUGCAACUUCAGACCUGCAUGAAUAGAAUAGAAUAGAAUGCCCUUUAUUGUCAUUUUACAACUUAAGUUGUACAACGAAAUUCGGAUAGCUGCUCCCUUCCUAGUGCAAACAUACAAAAUUUAAAAAAGUAUAAAAGGAAGUCCGAGAAUAAAAGUGAAAGAUCUUAUUUACACUAUAGCUAUUAGUCUAAGAAUGAAGGUUAAAAAAUUCUUAUUUACAGUGUGUUCAAUGUGGGUAUAUGUAUUAACAUGAAUGAGGUUUGUACAGAAAGUAAAUAAUAAAUAGUAAAUAGUUAUUGCAUGUAGUUUUUAAAGGAGUGUCAGUGUUGUAUUAUAGCUGGUGUUAUUUUCUCUCAGAGUUCAACUCACCGACACCGUGACAUCAUACAUCAGCUUUUGUGAGGACUUGUGUGUGUGUGUGUGUGUGUGUGUGUGUGUGUGUGUGUGUGUGUGUGUGUGUGUGUGUGUGUGUGUGUGUGUGUAGACUAAGA